GCAAAACCUUUCAUAAGUAUAAAGGCGUUAUUAGCACAUACAUGUACGCGCACUUAUAGCCUUUUCAUCUGAAAUGAAAAGACAAGCUUCAACAGCUUGACACCAUAGAGAAAUGGAAAAUUAUCAGUUAUAGAUAACACUAUGUGGACUGCCUGAAUGUUAUCGUAACAGUUUGACUUUAUAAUAUUGAGGCGGUAAAAUUAAACGUCAACAAAGUUUAUUAUCCGAUUAAAUUACAUGUACAUCCUAUUGAUAUACAAUUAAAACAAUAUAAACAAACAUCUGACCAAAUACGGAUGAAAUAAAAUCCUAGGUUAAAGGGUACAAUAAAUACUUAUAGUUUGUUUACAUUUGCACCUUUUAGUAUUGUUACGGAUAGUUGAUUAUUGUGACUCAUUUCAUUUGUAAUUUGACGUGUGUACUGAAUGGAGAUAUAUUCAUAUUCAAUUAUCCUAAUUGCUGUGAUUUUGUGUGAAGAAAUACAAACCCAACAGUGUGUCAAGAAGAAAUGCGAAAGCAAAAAUGGUAGAUACAAGUCCUGUAAAAUUAAUUCAGUACCAGAUGAUAACUUCAUCACUUCUGUGACUGUCGAAGAUGAAAAAGGGUCUAAUGAAAGUAAUGAAGGUUGUACAUUCAAUGUUACCUAUGGGUACACUACCAACACAAUAUGGGUAAAUAAAGGAUGCAGAGCGGACUUUAUAGCUUGCUACAGUAGAGCAACAACUUUAUCUUCACCCGCGUCUUCAACAGAAACGGACGAAUUUUCAACAGAAUCUUCAAGUCCCACUAAAAUAACAACACUGCCAGGUAUGACAACAAAACAUGCCAACCAAUCCACAUCGAGGCCAAUGAAGAUGGGUAGCAACAAAAACACAGCAGGACUGGUAGGAGGCAUUAUAGCAGGUGUUGGUUUCGUUGCUGUUGCUUUACUAGUUUUAACCUUCAUACUUAAACGUUUCUCGUUGUAUUGUUUUGCAAGGAAGGUGCCCUACGAAAACAAAAAUGAUGAAGAAAAUUAUACAGGAAAUCAAAAUGAAGCUUACACUAAUUCAAACGCUUCUAAUAUUCAAGGAAAUAAUAAAAACUAUACCACACUUGGAAAUGAAAGAGAUACUCAUUACUACAAAGAAACGAGAAAUUCACCGCAAAGAGAAAGUGAAUACUAUAAUAUUGAACCUCCACAAAGUCAAAUCGAAUACCAUACUAACGAACCACAUUCUUAUAUGACCGUAUAUGAUUCUCUUGAUCAGAAUAAACAAUCGUCAUUGACUAAUGCCACAUACGAGGAAGUCCAACAAAAAGAGAAAGGUUCAACCAAAAUUCUUGGAAAAAAUGGAGACAAACAUUACGAUUAUGCUGAGUUUGCUUCAAGCAUUACAAAUUCACAAGAUAGUACUAAUUCAAAUAUAUCGAGUGAGCCACACGAAUACUUUAUACUUGAUCCAAAAGAAAUUACGUACGAAAAUCAUAAAUAUCACAGUUCUGGGAAAGAAUCCUAUUCUAGUCAGACAAAGGACUACUUUGUACUUGACCCAAAAGAAACAGGCUUUGACAGAAGCACAAUUAAAAAUUUGGAUAAUUCUUGAGAGAACAUGCUUACAAAGACAAGCGAUUGUUUGGUCAAAAGUUUAAGCAAACUAUUCAAUUAUUAAAUAUCAGCAAUAAAGAUAUUUGUAUUCACGCGUAAUGUUGAUUCUAUUAUUUUCAUGGAAAAAUAAAAGUUUUGUUCACUGAACUUACAUUUUUGUUUAAAUUCAUUUGUGCAUCUGAUAACUAGAUAGAAACAAAUCACAGAGAGGCAAAAGAUACCAUAGGGACAUUCAAACUCAUAAGUCGAAAAUAAACUUGACAACGCCAUGUUAAAAAAAACCCAGAUAAACAGAAAAACUAAAGACUGCAAUUCAUUUAUUUUCUCAAUUGCUGUAUGAAAUUCGAACUAUAAUAUACCCGU